AUGACCGUCAAAGCACAAGCUUUCAUUGAGUCUGUGGUCCCUGGACUGCAACAGAUUGAAAUACCAGAUGCAGCCUUCCUCAUUGACAAUGAGGCCACCGGGCAGAAGGUGUUGUUCGAUCUCGGAGUCCGCAAGGACUACUGGAAUCUUCCACCCGUUCUCCUUAGUCUUCUUGCUCGUGGCGUCAGUGUUACCUCUCUCAAGACACAGAACGACAUCACGGAGAUCCUGGAAGACAAUAAGAUUGAUCUUGGAGAGAUAUGUAUGUCAUGGUAUUGA